AUGUUUGAAAGUCGCCAGUGGGUUAGAAUAACCUUCAAUCAGCUGUUAUAUCAAAAAGGUCGAGGGUUUCGAUGCAAUAGACCACUGUCAUGCUGUGUACAUUGUCGUGCUCACCUUGCUCGUCAUCAAGAUCUUAUUUCCAAGUCAUUUCAAGGAAGCCAAGGUCGCGCAUAUCUGUUCGACACGGUUGUUAAUGUUUCUUGUGGGAAACCAGAAGAAAGGCUCCUACUCACCGAUUCAUCCUACUUAUAAAAAUGUAUGUGUACCUAAUACUAUGAAUAAUGGGUAUCAGACAUUGUAAGGUGUAUUUCGUUAUCUGAUCAAAGUAUCCAAGAAUUCAAAAGAGAAUUUUGAACUCGGGAAAAUUUCUUUCAAUGUAAACUUACUGGGAAUCACGAAUACUCUAUAUGUAAACCAAAAUGAUGUCUGUCUAGACUAUCGAAAUAUCUUAUUAUUGUUUUAAACAUUCUGUUUGUCAGUUUUGAAGUUUGGUUGAAAGGUUUAGGUACUUCACUUACAAGUGGUAUGUUGUAGUUUUGAAAGCCCUUAUAUCGACCAGCCUAAUGUUACUAGUAAUAGUCAAAUGAUAGAUAUUUCCCACUUCCAUUAUUUUUGCAGUUACCACUGUAAUAAUUUAAAGACAUCUAAAUUAAAAACUGCGAAGCGAUAACUUUAGUCCAUAACCAUUACUUUGAAAUUCAAUGUAAUUAAAAGAGUUGGAUAGUAUUGUAAGUGGCAUUUGUAUUUUCGACGGAGCUGGAUUCACUGUUCGUCUAGUUUUUAUAGAACAUAUAUCACAAUAGUUUUGAUGUAUUAAUUUUUUUACGAUACUCUUGACAGUGAGACAUUUUCUAAUCUCCGUUGGUGCGAUAGUUUAGGUUGUAUUCUAUUUUCCAUGUUCACAUUUUCGCUCUUUUAUUUACCUUUCUGCACGAUUGAGUAUUAAGCCAGUUCAAAAAGUUUCAACUUUGUUUAAGAAUGCACAGUUUUUCUUCCGUGAAGCUGUCUCUAACAAAUCUUAAUCAUAUUUAGCAUCAGUUAACUAAUACGUCCCAAAAUAUGUACCUAUCGUCAUUUAUAUGUAAACCAAUGAUGGAGGUAGGGUCUAAUAUGGGUUUCAAGGACAACUGUCCUAAGUCUUAAACAGUUAGUUUAUUUAUUUUGCGUUAAUCCUCUACAUUCAGUGGUGUUCUUAUAUGAGUUUUUUAAAAGUAGUAAUGAUGACAUAGUAGCAUAAUUACAAAUUUAGUGGCUCACUUACUUACGCUUGUUACCCCUCAUGGAGGAACAUA